AUGGAGGCAGCGGAUGAGAAAAGGGAACCUUUGAAAAGCAAGGACAACAAAGGUUUGAACAGUGAACAAGGAUCCAGGAAGAAAAAGGCCCCAGGAAACCAUGAAAAAGAAUUUGCUUCUGAGAAGUUGGGAGCUAUCUGUCCCAGGACGCUGUUAGAAGCCCCUUUGCAAAGAGUUGUUCCUGUCUCAGAAUCCCUUGCCGAGGAACUGUCCCAAGCCAUGCUGCGGAUGGACAUGGGCCUAGAGAGAGAAUACGCCUAUGACAUCUUCAGCAGCAUGAUGAAGCAGCAAUUGUAUGCGUUCCAAGCCUUUGACUUGCCACGCUCCAUCACAGCGGAGAUGCGCGCCCUUGUCAUUGACUGGCUCGUGCAAGUUCAUGAAUAUUUGGGCCUGCUAGAUGAGACACUUUACCUGACAGUCUACCUGAUGAAUGGCUACAUGAGAGCAGGCAAGGUGCGCAUCCGCAGCCUGCAGCUCCUUGGCAUCGCUUGCCUCUUCCUGGCCUGCAAAGUGGAAGACAGCACUUGCCCAGAGCCGGCCCAGCUGUGCUUCAUGACGGGGGAUUCGUUCAGCCGGAAGGAGCUGCUGCGCAUGGAACGUAAAAUCCUGACCCGCCUGAAGUUUGAGCUGCAUUAUGCCAACCCUGUCCACCUGCUCCGCUGGCUGGCAGAAGUCACCCAUUCCACCUUGGAGCUGCGUUACCUGGCCCAGUAUUUCCUGGAGCUCUCUGUGAUGGAGGUGGACUGUGUGCGCUUUGAGCCUGCUCAGCUGGCUCUCGCUGCCUUGCACCUGGCACAGCGCUUGCUUCUUCAGGAGCCUGGCCUCAGAGAGAUGGAGAUGUUCCAGGAAUCCUUUACCAAACUCCAUUCAUACAGCGAGUAUGAACUGUCCGCAGUCUACCCCUACAUGGCCAAAGCCGCUUUGCGAGGACCCAGCGCCCCCCUGCAUGCCAUCUUCCUGAAAUACUCCCGGCCUCACAAACUCUGUGUCAGCACCAGCGCAGCCAUCACAGCCUCUGAGUACCUGAGUCGCUGCCUGGGGAGUCCCAUCGCAUGAAGGAUGGGGACAGUUGCAUUUUUUCACAGACUGGCUGAAAGGAGUCACUCCUGGGACCAUUGCCCCACUCAGCGGAUGACCAAAGCUCAUGGCCAGAAACCCAUCAAGUUGGCCAAGUGUGAAGGAUUAAUUUGUGUGUUGCUGGCAAGUAUUUUUAUGUGUCUAUAUGUGUUGUUCAUUCUCGUCCUUUCCCUAUUCUACUACUUCUAUCGUUUCUCUCUGUAUGCGCAGUGUGCCAUGCCACUCUUUCCCGCUUUACCUCUCACUUAUGGCAUUUUAACAAAAUUAUGCCACAACGGCAGGCGUUUCCCAGCUCAGUCCUAUUGAGCUGCCACAAGGCCUUUUAAA